AUGAGCAGUGAACCCAAACCAGCAGAGGCGGCGCCUCCACGGGCGUCGAUAGUGGAGCACGAGCGGGCACCGUCAACUCUCUCCGAGUCGACUGUUGACGGGGCAGCACUGUCGCGUAAGAAGCAAAAGAAAGCGAACAAGGUGACGCAGAAGAUCAGAGUGGUCGACGGCAGCGUCGACGUGCGAGUACAACACACGAACGACGACAGCGUCGUCAGCAAGCGCUCUGCCGUGGCACACGAGUACAUCGCAGACAAAUUUCUGCGACAUUUCGUGAAGAAGCCGUCACGACGCUCGCCACUGGUGAACCGCGGCUACUACCUGCGCAUGGCGGUAAUGACAGAUCUUGUAGUUCGACUCGUCAAGAGCUAUCUGGAAGCCCCGGAGCGGCGGGCCACAGUCUACGAGGGCGCACCGUGCGCUCCGCCAGUUCAGGUUCUCUCCUUAGGAGCUGGCUAUGAUACGUUGGCUUUGCGACUCCUGCUAGACUCUGUAGACGUUCUUAAUGUCGAUGAAACAUGUCCUGGCAUGCCAGCAUCGUCGUCGUGCACGUCGCUGUCCACACCCGUUUCCUUCGCCGGAGGGGAUGUGCUUUUCAUGGACGUGGACUUCCCUGCGGUGCUAAAGUCGAAAGCAGCACUCAUGGCCGCCGCCCCUCCGAAGACCUUUCCGGCAGACUGGCACAUGAUGCCGCAGAGCGAGGAAUGCCCGAUCCGCAGUCCUCACUACUCCGCCGUUGGCGUCGAUCUCCGUAUCGCCUCGGCGGAGCUGCUGCCGCGUCUCCACCAGUACGGCCCCACAGGGUUCGCGGCGGCGAACCCAACCAUCAUCUAUGCUGAGUGUGUCAUGCAGUACAUGCCGCAUGAGGAUGCGGCGCAGCUGCUCGCCCUCCUGGCCACAGGUUUCCCAAACGCCGUCUUCAUGGCGUACGACCAGGUUUCGCCUCUCGACAGCUUUGGCCGUGUCAUGCAAAACUCGCUGCGCCAAAAGAGCAGCCCGCUGUUGGGUAUUCAGGCCUGCCCGGACGCGGCGCACAUGACGCGCCGCGCGUACGCAGCAGGGAUGCGUCGUGCGUGGUGGGGGAACUUCUACCGCAUCUCCACUUUUUGCUUAGCUGGCGCGGAACGGGAGCGCGUGGAGUCCCUCGAGGACUUUGACGAACUAGAGGAGUGGAGUGAGAUGUGCGAGCACUAUGGUGUCACCAUGGCAGUCACCCUCGCGGCGUGGGACUCGGUAGCAACGAACGGCUGUGCUGCGCACACAGCCUUUGUGGAGUACUCGGCUGAUGGGGUGGCAUGCAGCAAGGGUGGUGAGUCUGUGCCACAGAGCGCGGCGCGUUUCAAGGUCAAGCUGCAACAUUGGCCUUCGGCGCGCUACGGCUUCGAGGGCUGGGGCAACGGCGGCGUGGCCGUCGAGCCUUUGACCAACGGUGACCGUCUCCUCGUCUCUUUUGGCGGCUUUGCCGCAGGUAAGCAGCACCAGCGCGUCAGCACCGUGUACGUACACAGUCUGCAAGAGGGGGAGCUGCGUGUCGUUGUGGCUGGCGAGGACAGCGAUGGCGCGGCGCGUCCCCCACCGUUGGUGUUUCACACCCUCUCUCGCGUGGCCCCGUGCACGUUCCUCGUUUGGGGCGGCCGCACAAAUCCGUCUGCGCCGUCCAACGAGGCAUUUUUGCUCACUCUCGAUGUGCCGCGCACGGUUGGUCUAGGCACCACCGUUACGGCGCGCUGGAGGGCGCUGAGCGUACGCUGUGGCAACGGGCGCUCGUGCUGCCCAUCCCCUCGCUAUCGCCACAGUAUGGUGAGUCUCGGCAGCACGGGAGAUGAGGCGACGCUUCUACUGAUGGGCGGGAAAGCUGCCGGCGCCAGCGCUGCGGCGGCGCUGGAUUGCUUCCGCGUUACUGUGUGGAUGCGCCGCUUCAGCAUCUCCUACGAGGCACUGGACUGCACCUCGGCGACAGGUGUUUCGCCGCCUCCGCUGCACUCGGCCGCAGCCACAGCACUCUCGCCCGACACAGUGCUUGUCUCCGGCGGAGUCGUGCUAGGGCAGGAUGCGUGCAAUCCGCACCUGUGGCAGCUGCGGCUUUCCACGAAGGAGUGGUCCCGCGUGCCAGUGCGACUCGGUGAAGGUCGCUACUCCCACUCACUGACUCCCGUCACGGUUAAUCAUCAGGACUACCUCCUCGUGCUGGGGGGCAGCAGCUGGACGGAGAAAUCUCGCGUCCCCCCAGCUCUGCUAAUCCCAAGUUCCCUUCUCAGUUGCGACACAGGCGGUGAAGGUGCGGCAGCCGUUGCCGUCACGGUGUCGCUCCCAACAGAUGCGCCGUGGUGGUCGCGCCAUUCCUGCGUUGCCCUCGGCGAAGGUGUGGUAGGUGUAGUUGGUGGCGGCUAUACUUGCUUCUCCUUCGGCACGUUCGCCGCAAAGCCGCAGCUGCUCUGCCUCGGGGAUGCUGUCGACGAGAGCGCGUGGCGCUCGAUCACUGCACCAACUGCCUGCGCGAACGUGGGGCGGGGCGUCGGCGCCACAACCUCCACUGCACAGGAGUCUGCGUACUCGUAUGACAAACUCCUCUCCAAGCCGUGGUCCGCCGUGCGUGAGGUGAUGCACUACAGCGCAGCCGCGUUUCUGGAGACAGCUACGGCGGCCGCGCAGCCCGUCGUGUUCCGCAACGUCCCUUUUGGCUCGUGUGUGUCCACCUGGGGCUCCCCAGCGUACUUGAAAGAAGCUGAAGGGAACUCUACGGUGUCGGUGCACGUGAGCGAGGGGUCGCCGCUUCUUGACUUUGUGCGCAAGAACUUUGCCUUCCGUCACGUGACGCUAGCGCAGCUGGUGCAGCACGUCGAGGACGCGACCAAGCUCUUUCGCACAACACGUGGGACGCCAAGCGAGACAUGGUACUACCGCUCUGUUGCGGCUCACAUGAAGAACGAGCGCUCAAACUUGUGGACGGACUUCCCGGCACUGGGAAAGGACUUUGUGCUACCACCUGGCGCGAAGGAAUACAUUGAGCCGCGGCUGCACCAGUCCUGUUUGCGCAUGAGCGCCCCGCCGCUGCAGCUUUGGACGCACUAUGACACGCUGGACAACGUCCUCUGCCACAUUGUCGGCACGAAGCGUGUGGUUCUCUUCCCGCCGAGCGAGUAUAACAAUCUGUACGUGACGGGCAGCUCCUCGGCGGUGCUGAAUGUGGACUCACCAGAUCUCGUGCGCUACCCUCGCCUUAUUGCAGCCUGCAAAGUGGCGCAGGAGGUCGUCCUGCGACCAGGCGACAUGCUCUUCAUCCCUGCCAUGUGGUUUCACCAUAUUACGACGCUGUUGCCGGACGCGGAGUCGGCGGAGAGCGCCGAGGAGACGGCGGUAGCUCCAUACAGCAUGAGCGUCAACGUCUUCUAUCGCCAUUUCAGCGACACAGCUGUCUACGAUCCGAAGGACCUGUACGGGAACAAGGACAUCCUCGCAGUGACGCGCAUUCGCGAGGACCUGCAGUCGGCUGUGUGCGAUGUGCUGGCGAAGGUACGUCUCACACCGGCCGCCGACGCCCCACACGUGCCGUCCAACUACGUCGAGUUCGCGGUGCGGCAUUUUUUGCAGGACCUAGAAAGCACCGUGGCAGUGAUGGCAGACGCGCAGCGCGGCACGUGA